AAUUAAUGUUUGAUUCACAUAAUCUUAUUCCCAAAUUAACCCACAAAACUUCAACCAAUACGUUUUCUCUGUUCAUCAAUUUUGAUCAUCUCAUCCUCAACAUUAAUCUCCAAAUCACAAUCAACCAUCAAACCUCAACAAUCCUAUUCAAAAUCAUGUCGAAAACCUUACAUUUUUCGACCCUUUUUUCCAACAUAAUGUGACAUUCAGAUGGUGAACAAUGGAAGAAGAAAAUGGGUUAUCGAAUUCGAGGGUUGUUAGAGAUCUGUCCGAAGAGUUGAUCGGAAUCAUUGAAGGUGCUAAAUCGAUUGGAGAGUUUCGAUUAACGCAGAGGAAAGAAAGCCAAACCUUAGGACGGCGAUUGAGGCUUUGGCUGCCCUUGUUGGAAGAGCUUAGAGAUCUCGAUGCUCAUUUUCCCGAGAUUUGUAUCUCGUGUUUGCAUAAGUUGAAGAAAUCGUUUAUUCUCGCCAAGAAAUUGUUGAAAACUUGUCAGGCCGGAAGCAAAAUCUAUCUGGUAUUGGAGGCUGAUGCAAUGGUAACUAGAUUCAAUACUGUUUAUGAUAAAUUGAGUCAAGCAACAGAUGGAUUUCCGUAUGAAGAAAUUGGAAUUUCUGAAGAAGUUAAAGAACAGUUGGAGCUAAUGUGUAUGCAACUCAAGAGAGCCAAACAGAGUAAAGACACUCAAGAUAUGGAACUAACCAUGGAUAUGAGGGCAGUAUUGUCAUACGACAACGAUCGAAUCGCCGAAUGCAAGAGCAUUGAAAAGCUAGCAAACAGAUUGUCUUUAAAUACUCUUGAGGAUUUGAGGAUUGAAACUGUGGCUAUAAGAAAACUUGUGAAAGAAAGAAGAGGACAGAAUGCAGAAGGAACUCAAAACAUCAUAGAUCUUCUUGAUAGAUUUAAAAGAUUUGCAGGAAUUGAGCAGGUUAAUGUUCUCGAAGAUCCUGUUCCGUGCAAUAGAUCGCUGCAAAAAAGCACUUCCAUUGCGAUACCGUUUGAGUUCUUGUGUCCGAUCACGCUGGAAAUAAUGAGGGAUCCUGUUAUUGUUGCCACUGGUCAGACAUAUGAGAGAGCAAACAUACAACAAUGGUUAGACUCUGACCGCAGAUGCUGCCCGAAAACCGGACUACCAUUAGCGCACACCGCGUUAGCACCAAACGUCGCGUUACACAACUUAAUACAACAAUGGUGCGAAACCAACAACUACCAAAUCCCGAAAAAAUCACCACCUCCACCACCUAAGAAAGCACACAGUGAAAAAGUUGUCAUCUUGAUACAAAACUUAACUUCAAGCCAAUUACAAGUACAACGAAAAGCGGUCACCAAGAUCCGUAUGAUCUCACGAGAAUCCCCCGAAAAUAGAGUUUUAAUAGCCGAAAAAGGCGGGAUUCCACCCCUUGUCCAUCUUCUUUCAUACCCGGAUUCCAAAAUCCAAGAACACGCUGUAACCGCACUUCUAAACCUCUCAAUCGACGAAAAGAUCAAGAAACAAGUAUCGGAACAAGCACCAAUUCCGGCUAUAAUCGAAAUCCUUCAAUACGGAACUAUUGGAGCUAAAGAAAACUCAGCAGCAGCAUUGUUUAGCUUAUCAAUGCUUGAUGAAAACAAAACGUUAAUCGGGGCAUCAAACGGGAUCCCACCGUUGAUUGCUUUGUUAGCGGAAGGAACGAUUCGAGGCAGAAAAGAUGCAGCCACAGCUUUGUUUAACUUAACCAUUUCACAGUCAAACAAAGCCAAGGCUAUAGAAGCGGGGGCGAUCAAACCGUUGGUAUCGAUUCUGGAUAACAAAGGGUUAGAUAUGGUUGAUGAGGCUCUUUCUGUUUUGUUACUGCUAGCAGAACAUCCUGAUGGGAGGAAAGAGCUUGGACAACUUAGUUUUAUUGAAACAUUAGUUAAGUUUAUGCGCGAAGGGACCCCGAAGAAUAAAGAAUGUGCAGCGUCGGUCCUUCUAAAACUUUGUGAGAAUAAUAACAACAAUCUGGUGGUUGCGCUUCAGUAUGGGGUGUAUGAGCAUGUAUCGGAGCUUUCGCAGAAUGGGAGUAAACGAGGGAAAAAGAAGGCGGUGGCAAUGUUGCAGCUUAUGAGCAAAAGCGGACAGAUCCCGAGCUAUAACAAUGUAAGGUAACAUUGGUUUGGUUGUGUAUUUACAGUUGUGUUAGUUAUGUGGAACGGUCGCGUUAUACAUGUUAUUAGUAUUGUAAGGGCAUGUAGAUUGAUUACUAGUAAUAUGAAUAAUACGUCACUAAAAAGGAUUUUUGGUCAUCC